CAAAAAAUUUUUAAUUAGAUGAAUAUAUUUUAGGAAUAACCCAAAGAUUUAGAUCCAAUUCAAAGAUGGAAAUCAAUGCUUCAAGAUUAUGACAAAAGUAGAAGAGAGAAAUUAAACUUGAAUGAAAAUGAUAGAUUUUCAAUGAAGAAUUUACACAAAAAGCAUAGAGAAUUUGAUCCAAUUAUAGGAAUUUACUUGAAUCCAUAAAAGGAAUCAGAAGAAGCUCAUAAGACUCAAGAAAUUAUUAAAAAUACUUAAAAAAGGAAAAUGGAAAAAGGAAUAUUUUAAUAUGAGAGCGAUUUUGAUAUUUUUAAUAAAUAAUCACUUAAAUCAAAGCUACUUAGCAAUCAAAGCAAGGAUACACUAAAGUAAACUGAUUAAUAUCAAAUAAAAUCUAAAAACUAAACACUAGACUCUAAGCACCACCAUAAACCUUUGAUCCUCUUAGAGGCUAGAGAAUAUGAUAUUAUUACCCACAGAAAUUUAGAUCCAGAAAUAAUGAAGAGCUACACAAUUCUUGGCAGCACAAAAAAGGCUCAUAAAAGCAGAGUUGUUUAAGAAUAGGAUAGAGAAUUUGAUAUUAUUACAAAUGAAGGUAAACCAUCAUCAGGAGAUUAAAAAAUUUCUCUGAAAUCUAUAAAAAGACAAAGGCAAGAUGUUAUCUAUAAUCCUAUAACUUAGUAAAUGCAAAAUUUCUAAACCUAAUCUCCAAAACUAGAAAUGUAGAAUAAGAAUGUAAAUUCAUUUAAAAAAGAUGAACAGGAUAAAGGAUCUAAUGACUAUUAACUAAGUAAUCCAUAGCAAAAUUAUCAAAAAGAAAAUAUUCAAUAGGUUAAAUAGAAAAGCAGUCAAAUUUAUGAUAAAACAGAAAAAAAACAAACCAGAGAAAUACCACACUUAUAUUAGUUAAGUCCUAAACCAUAUUUUCCUGAAAUUUAGAAAUCACCUCAAGCUUAUGACUUAAAUUAGCAUGAUUGUUUAAUAUCAAGCUGGAAUAAAUAAAGUAGUUCUUAUAAUCCUUUAUUUAAUCCUCAAAGAUUUGAUUUGGUUAAACAAUAGAGCGAAAGGUCAUACUAUUAAAAAAGAGUUGAUCAAUCACCUAGGUCAAACGAUUAUGCUUAAAGCUUCAUAUCUAAAAAAGAAUACUCUGAUAUGCAGAGAAGUCUUCCGCUUAUUUAAGAUUAGAAAAGAAAUAGUAUUUCUAAUAAUAUAAAUGCAAGUCAAAAAUUUAAUCCAAAAAUCCAUAAAAUAAAAACAGGAGCAUUUUUAGGCUAAAAUGAAAUUAUUUGA